CAACUUGGCCAGAAGAACAAGGCAGUACAACAUUGACACGGCCCCUUUUGACUCCGUUUCGCACCAAACUGUAACUUAUAUAAAUGGCCCCGUCUCUAGAGCCUUCUUAGACCCCUCAUCCUUCAUCAGAGGCUGAUCAUCAUCGUAAUCAUCAUCAUCAUCAGCCCCUUCUUCUUUUCAGCCAAAUUUUAUUCUGGGACAUCCUCGCUUUCACCUCCUCUUUACCUCCAGGAGACAAUGCUAGAGCCUAGAGGUUCCGUGCGGGAUUGUUUCGUCGUUUUGCCUUCGAACUCGGUCACCCAUUUUCGUCAUACGAACAUGGGUUCGGAGUUAAAUUCGUCGACAUAGCAAUUGCGAGCUUUUGUCAUUGGGGCCUUGGUGGAUUCGGAAAGGACGGAUUUUUUUUGUUGAAUUUUCUUGGGUUUGGAUCAAAGAGAGGAAGAAGCGAAGGCGUAGAUUGAAGUGAAGAGAAUCAAUGGCGAGUGGAAGAGAAGAGAAGAAGAAGAAGGCGAAGGAUUUGUACGCGGUUCUGGGGUUGAACAAGGAAUGCACGGCUUCAGAGCUGAGGGACGCGUAUAAGAAACUCGCUCUGAGGUGGCACCCAGAUCGAUGUUCAGCUUCGGGAAGCUCCAAGACCGUGGAAGAGUCCAAGAAGAAAUUCCAGGCUAUUCAGCAAGCCUAUUCGGUGUUAUCUGACGCGGACAAGAGGUUCUUGUACGACGUAGGAGUCUACAACGACGACGACGACGGCGAUGACCUCGGGAUGGGCGAGUUCUUGAGCGAGAUGGCCGUUAUGAUGAGCCAAACCCAGUCCGGUGAAAAUGGGGAGGAGACAUUGGAGGAACUUCACGACCUGUUCAAUGAAAUGUUUCAGGCCGACAUCGAGGCGUUCGCUUCCGACUCCCACACUCUGACCCCUAACGCGUGUUCGACUUCGUCCUCGUCUUCGUACUUCUCUUACCGAGCGAGCUCCGGCUCAAGUAAUAAGCGGGUUGCCCCGGACAUCAGUAGAGUCAAGGCGGAGGGCUCGUCUGGCUUCGAUGCCCACUUCCAGAGUUUUUGUUUUGGGACAGAUGGAGCAGGAGGAAGAAAUCAGGAUAGGAAAGGGGGUCGCAGGAAGAAUCGCCGUAGCAACCAGCGGCAGUAGGCGGAGGCAGGGCAGGAAAAGGAAGAUCUCGUCUGGCGACGUCUCGUUGCACGACUUUUACGCUGUCUCUGCUGAAUGACAGUAAGCGCCAAUUCGCCGUUGCCAAUAAUCUCUGUCCAGAAAUUCAAGGCCAGCUUUUAGCACGUCGAACAUGAAGUUCAGAGCUUACAGGCAACUGCGAGUGGAAUUUCGAUCCAUGGUGGGAGUGGAAAGAGUGUUUUUGUGCGUGAUCCAUUUUAGGUCUGCGUUGAGACGAAGGAAUGUCUUUAGGAUUGCAUUAGAUUGUGUAUGAUCCAUUUGAGAUUUGCGUCGAGACGAAGGAAUUUCUUUAGAAUCGCGUUAGUCACGACGUGCUUUGUAAUCUUGUGAUGGUGGCUGUUCUCCUAAUCAAUGUUUAUUGGCUUAGUAGCACUCACGCUACUGAGAAGUUCCAUUUCCUGGAA